AUCUGUAAGAGGGGCUGAGCCCUGCCAGAAGAGGAGGAGAAGGAAGCUCUCUGACUGAGUUCCUGGCUUCCCAGCACUACCGAGGAUUCUUGGGAAGAUUUUGGGACACAUGCCAUUGUCCCCAUAUCCCGUCCCUGUCAGAUUCCUAACAACCGACCAGCUAGACGGAAAGCCUGCAGAGCUGUCAAGGAACCUGCAGUACGGUCGCUGACUUUUUUGGAUGGAAGAUUGUCCUGGAUCACAUGCUUGAAUCCUACCCAGAUCCUUUUUGAGGGUAUCUCAACCUCCUUAGUUCCAGGAUUAAAUGAAAGGAACUAAGAAGAUUUACGCCAGAAGACGCGAGGGAAGUAUAUUUUUUUUAAGGAUCUAAGCUAAAGCUCUGAAGACAUCAGCUUUGGAGAACCUUGACCAUGGAGAUCUUUGAUGGAACCAUGCAGCUGUCAAGAACAUGGUACUUGGGUGAUUUUUAUCAAUUGAGUUAAAUCCUGGAGGAGAAACCCUGAAGUGGUGGUCUGUCCAUGGUCACUCUUUGGAGGAAUGUGGUUUGCUUUUUGCUCAUGGGAGAAAUUAGCUUUGCCGCCGUCAUUGGGUGUCUUUGACACAAGGAAGAAGAACCUAGGGGUGUUGGAGUUCAAUGGCUAAAUCUAUAUGUGUCCUCAAGCAUCCACCUACAGAGAUGGUUGGAAACUUCUAGGGGUAGCUUGGAGCUUAGAGAUUGUACCUGUUGCAUUGACUCGUGUUGCACAUAACUGGGCAUGUAUAUGGACAAGAGCAACCUGAAAGGGCUCCAGCCCAAGAACCCGGUGCUUGUCAAGAGCCUCUCCUUGGAGCCAGCUCAUAUCUCGGUGCCCCCAGAAAAACCCCAGCGUCUCCGAUCUGACCCCGGAAACUCAGCUGACUGCAAUGGGAUCCCCCAAGAUCAACCCAGUCCCAAACCAGCAGCUCCCCGGCGCCCCCCGCAGACCAAACCCGAAGUUCCUCCAAAGCCCCCGCACCUCCAGAGCGUGAGAAGACCCCGGCCUCCUGGUCACAUUCCUCCACCCCCUUCGCGUCCACUGCCUGCAGAUCCUCGCCUUGCAAGGGUGUCCCUGCGCCACGAGAACAAGGAUGGGACACCCUCUGCAGUUACCUCCCUGAUUGAGAAAUUUGAAAGGGAGCCAAUCAUCCUGCCUGCCGAACGCACCAGUCCGACCUACGACACCGACCCCGAAAUCAGCACCACCCCUUCCUUGCACCCUGGCUACACCAUGGGAGAUCUGGGAAACAAACUCCUCGAUUUACUGGAGCCGGAGACGUCACAGUCAAGCCUGGAGAGAAGACGUAGACUUGUCGCAGGAGGGGGAGAUGCGGAGGAAAGGGGGGAGCAGGACUCUUUGGGGAAACUGGCCAACAGGGACAGCGGCAUUGACAGUAUCAGUUCUCCAUCCACCAGCGAGGAGAUGUGCUUCCUCGGAGAGGUGGAGGAGGGUGGGAGAGAAGAGAUGGAGCCCCCUCAUAUCACAGUACAGCACAGCUCACCUCGAGACUCGGAAGGUGACAGCGACAUGGAGGACGGUAGCGGUGGAGAAGAAGAACUGACUCCUACAAGACUGGAUCCAUGUGAGUUCACCGCCCGGCAGAAAGUUUAUAACAUCGCGAAUGAGCUGCUUCAGACGGAGAAGGCUUAUGUGUCCCGCUUACAUCUCUUGGACCAGAUGUUCUGCGCUCGGCUCAUGGAGGAGGCUACCACAAAGGGCUCAUUCCCUGGUGAAGUAGUUAUGGGCAUUUUCUCCAAUAUCUGCUCCAUCUACUGCUUUCAUCAACAGUUUCUGCUGCCCGAACUGGAGAAACGCAUGCAGGAGUGGGACAGCAACCCUCGGAUUGGGGACAUUCUACAGAAAUUGGCUCCGUUCCUUAAAAUGUAUGGCGAGUACGUUAAGAACUUUGACAGAGCCAUGGAAUUGUUGAACACUUGGACAGAGCGCUCAUCCCAGUUCAAAAGCAUCAUCCAUGAAGUGCAGAAGGAGGAGGCCUGUGGUAACCUGACAUUACAGCACCACAUGCUGGGGCCUGUCCAGAGGAUUCCACGUUAUGAGCUUCUCCUCAAGAAUUAUCUCCAGAAACUGGCGGAGGAUUCCAGAGACCGGAGGGAUGCGGAAAAAUCCUUGGAUCUUAUUGCAACAGCAGCUGAGCAUUCGAAUGCAGCUAUAAGGAAAAUGGAAAGGAUGCACAAGCUCUUGAAAGUGUAUGAACUCUUAGGCGGGGAGGAAGAUAUCGUGAGUCCCACCAAUGAGCUGAUCAAGGAAGGGCAUAUACUUAAACUGUCCGCAAAGAAUGGGACCACCCAGGACCGAUACCUCAUACUGUUCAAUGACCGCUUGCUGUACUGCGUUCCAAAGUUGCGUCUCAUUGGUCAGAAAUACAGCGUGAGAGCGAGGAUCGACGUGGAGGGGAUGGAGUUGAAGCACAGCAGCAGCCCCAACCUCACCAGGACGUUCUUAGUGUCCGGAAAACAGCGUUCCCUGGAGCUACAGGCCAGAACCGAAGAAGAGAAAAAAGAUUGGAUCCAGGCAAUCGAAGCUACCAUGAGUCGCCACGAGCAGACAAUGGAGACCUACAAACUGCUGAACUCUACCCAUCGGGAAGAUGACGAGACUCCUCCGAACUCACCGGUAACUAUCGACAUGGUGGCGGCAGGUUAUAGGCCAGUGAUAUACAGGUGGCUAUCAUAUAAUCCAAUCUCAUUUGUUGUACAGAACACAGACUUGGGCAGGCGAGCCCCAACCCCAAUACGGGAGAAGGAGGUGACAAUGUGCAUGAAAUGCCAAGAAGCUUUCAAUUCCAUAACCAAAAGGAGGCAUCACUGCAAAGCAUGCGGACAUGUCGUCUGUGGGAAGUGCUCAGAGUUUCGUGCCAGACUCGUCUAUGACAAUAACCGAACAAAUCGUGUCUGUGUCGACUGUUACGGCACCCUGCAUGGUUCUGGGUCCAGCCCAGGGUACAACUCCCAUACACCGCAGCGGAGGAAGUCCAUCCUAGAGAAACAGGCAUCGGUGGUGGCAGAGCACAGUGUAAUGUGCAGUUAUAUGCAUUACAUGGAGAAGGGAGCCAAGAGCUGGCACAAGGGCUGGUUUGUCAUCCCGCAGAAUGAGCCCCUGGUCCUCUACAUCUAUGGUGCACCCCAGGACGUCAAGGCUCAGCGAAGCAUCCCUUUGAUCGGCUUUGAAGUGACCCCCGCAGAACAGUGUGAGCGCUCUGACCGCAAGCACGUGUUCAAGAUCAGUCAGAGCCAGCUCAGCUUCUACUUCAGCCCGGAAACCGAGGAGCUGCAACGCCGCUGGGUAAACGCAUUGUCCCGAGCCGGCCGAGGGGAAGAUUACAGCAGCAAAGAGCUACUUCUUGAGGCUGAAGAAGAGAAUGAUGGGACUGGGGACCCUUUUGGGGACACUUGAGGAUCGGAUCCACCCCGACCUCCCCCCUUCCCUCUUGUAGAUUCAUAAGGUUGGAAAUAAGACUUAUCCGUUCAUCGUCAACAGGGGAAUAUUAUGAGCGUGGGGCUAGAUUAGUUUUGUCUUGGCUUCACAUGGGGAGGGCUGGACUCACCCAUAGUACUUCCAUGUUCUGCAAAGGACCCCUUAGGAGGAGUAAAUGCUGUCCCAGAGGAUCACUGACAAACUGAACCUCUUCUGGGCCAGGAUGGGGCUGGAUCAACCCAUCAUCACCUGCAUAGGAAGGAGUCGGAGGGCUGGAUCGACCCGUUAACACUUCCUUCCUAGGUCACCAGAUGCUUCCGCACUUCUGAACUCAUUUUUACUCAAACCCAUCACCGGCACUUUCUCUUUUUAUUUUUUAUUAUUUUUUUAAAAAUAUGUUCUUAUAAUUAUUUUAAUAAUAUUUAG